AUGGCGCUGUUCUCCGGCUGCCAUCUCUUUGUUCUUUCUAAUUAUCGGCAAACGAAUAGCUUCAAACCCCCCCAUUCCCAUCUUUAUUCAAAACACCUUCGCAGCUUAAACUUGGAUUUUGCUUUCCACCAGAAAGCCAGAAAUAGUAAUACUAUUGAGAGUGGCAACACCAAAAACUGCGCCGCGCCGGUAGCCAACAUGAAUGGCUUCCAACCGCGCUGCCACCUUCAAUAUGAUUUGGCUCAUGAUACCGGAAUUCGUGGGGCAUAUAGUGAAUCAGCUGCAGAGAAAGCAUAUCCCAAUUGCGAAACUAUUGCUUGCCAGCAUUUCCAUUCAACUUUUCAAGCAGUUGCAAGGCGGGUUGCAGACAGGGCAGUAAUACCGAUAGAGAAUUCAUUAGGAGGAAGCAUCCAUGGAAACUACGACCUGUUGCAUCGCCACAAUCUGCAUAUAAUUGGUGAAAUUCAGUUUGCUGUUUCCCAUUGCUUGCUUGCCAACAAUGGCGUUGACCUUCAUGAUUUGAAAACCGUUCUUAGCCAUCCUCAAGCACUUGCUCAAUGUGAGAAGAGCUUGACGAAGUUGGGAUUGGAGGGAGAAGCAGUGGCUAAUACUGCAGUUGCAGCAAAGGUAAAGGGUCUUAAUGAUGAGCCACAUUACAGUUGA